CAGAAUCACAAAUUGUGUUUAGAAACAAAAUUUGAGUAUUGUUUUCUCAUCUAAAGAUGGAAUCACAAUCCCAAAAACUCAAUGUUAUUUUUCUACCAUAUCUAACACCUGGUCAUAUGAACCCUAUGAUUGACACAGCAAGACUAUUUGCAAAACAUGGUGUUAAUGUUACCAUUAUCACUACACAAGCCAAUGCCUUGUUAUUCAAGAAAUCCAUAGACAACGACAUCAUUUCUGGAUAUUCCAUCAAAACUCAGCUUAUUAAAUUCCCUUCAGCCCAAGUUGGUCUUCCAGAAGGAAUUGAAAAUGUCAAAGAUGGAACUUCCUUAGAAAUGCUUGGUAAAAUCAGUCAUGGAAUUUCACUGCUUCAAGAGCAAAUUGAAAUUCUGUUUCAAGAUCUCCAACCAGAUUGUAUAGUCUCAGACAUGUUUUAUCCUUGGACAGUUGAAUCGGCUGCAAAACUCGGUGUUCCGAGGAUUUACUAUUAUAGCUCAAGCUACUUCUCAAGCUGUGCUGUUCAUUUUAUCAGAAAGUAUAAGCCUCAUGAGGGUUUAGUUUCUGAUUCUCAAAAAUUUUCAAUUCCUGGAAUUCCACAUAACAUUGAGAUUACCUCUCUGCAGCUAGAAGAAUACCUUAGAACUAGAAGUGGUUUCUCCGAUUUUUUGGAUGUCAUAUAUGAAUCAGAAAGCAGAAGCUAUGGAACACUUUACAAUAACUUUCAUGAGCUUGAAAGUGAUUAUGAGCAACUUUACAAAAUCACAAUGAAGAUCAAAACAUGGAGUGUAGGACCAGUUUCAACAUGGAUUAACAAGGAUGGUGAAACUGAAAACAUUGCAGUAGAUUCAGAAUUGUUAAAUUGGCUUAACUCAAAGGAAAAUGAUUCUGUGUUAUAUGUAAGUUUUGGAAGCUUGACUAGGCUAUCUUAUGCUCAGAUUGUUGAAAUAGCUUAUGGACUUGAAAAUUCAGGCCAUAAUUUCAUUUGGGUUGUGAGGAAAAAAGAUGGCGACGAAGACGAUUUUCUUAAAGAUUUUGAGGAAAGGAUGAAAGAAAGCCAAAAGGGGUACAUCAUAUGGAAUUGGGCACCACAGCUUCUGAUAUUGAAUCAUCCUGCAACAGGUGGAAUUGUGACUCACUGUGGUUGGAACUCGAUUCUCGAAAGCCUUAGUGUUGGUUUGCCAAUGAUUACAUGGCCAAUGUUUGCUGAGCAAUUUUACAAUGAGAAGUUACUUGUUGAUAUUUUGAAGAUUGGUGUUUCAGUUGGAUCAAAAGUGAACAAGUUUUGGCCUAGUGUAGGUGAUGAUGAUGUGGUGAGAAGGGAAGAGAUUGCAAAGGCUGUGGAAGUGUUGAUGGGAAGAGGAGAUGAGAGUGGAAAAAUUAGGAGAAGGGCAAGAAAACUUUGUGAUGAAGCUAGGAAGAGUAUUGAAGAGGGUGGAUCUUCUUACAACAAUUUGAUACAGUUCAUAGAUGAGAUUAAAUCAUUGAAGAUAUCAAGACAGAUUGAGAAAACUAAGUAAAUGAAAUGAAUAUGGAGGAAUAAUGAAUAAGGUUUCUUAUUAAUGUUGCUAAUAAGAAAGAGUAUUAUGCAAGUAUUUUCUCUUUGAAAUUUAGUUUUAGGAUGCUAGCUUUGAGUCUAUUUUCAAUGUAGAAAAUGUUGAGUCUAUUUUCUCUUUGCAAUUUUGUUUUUGCUUUUAUGUAAUGAAGUUGCUCACAACAUAUGAAAUGGAAGAUAUGAACAAGAAACACAGCUAGCUGCAUGCA